UCAGUCAUCGUUUUUCGCUCGACUUUAACGGUUCUCGUGGGGAUUUAAUUCCAGCCUUUAAAUAAAAAAUAAAAGAAUAAAAGACGCGGAGUGCAAAACGGUUUAACUCUCACUAGUUAAUUACAAAGUUAACACAGUUAAUAUUUACCCAGUUAAAAGAGACAGCGAGAGAGCGAAAGAGACCACCCGCGCGGCUGGCAGAAAUAUUUACACUAGAGACUAAAAGGAUCAACAGGAAAAAAUGGGUAAAGCUCAGAGCAAGCGUUCAAUCGACAUCACCACCGAUCCCAAGAAGGUCGGCGAGGGCGAUGAGGUGGCCGGCAAGGUGGAGAAGAUUGAUGUGGACCAGAAGACGGACGCACCGGCGGUGAACGGUGAUGCUGCCACGCCCAAAGAAGGAGGCGAUGAAGCAGCGGCGACGGGAGAGAAAAAGGAAUCGGAGGAACAUUCUGAGAACGACAAAGAUCUGACCACCGAAAAGAAUGCCGCAGCUGCUGAAGGUGGAGAUGCGGCUGCUGAAACGGCGAAGGGCGAGGAGGGUUCUCCCAAAGAGGGAGCUGCUGCCGCUGGCGAGGAUAUCACCCCGCUGGCCGAUGAAAGCAUCAAGUCCAAGUCCAAGAAGGAUAAGGUCAAAAAGAAGUGGUCCUUCCGCAGCAUCUCCUUUGGCAAGAAGGACAAACAGAAGCCUGCCAAGUCGGAGGAGGCUGUGUCCCCCACCUCUGGCACAACGUCGCCCACGACGGCCGAAGCAAAAGCUGCUCCAGCUGCGGAUGCAGCUCCAACGGCGGCCACAAACGGCGAGGCCGAAAAGACAGCCGAGACUGCCGCUGCUGAGCCCACCAACGAGACUGCGUCCAAGGAUGAGGCGAAGCCCGCCGAGAAUGGAUCGGCGAGCGAGCAGGAGAAACAGGCCAACGGGGAAGCCGAGAAGGCGUCGCCAGCACCAGCAACAGUUGAGGAAGCGGCACAGCCCAAGCCCGCCGAGGAACCAGCCACUACCACUGCCACCGAGUCGAACAUUGCUGCCACCACCACCACUGCCACCGAAGAAGUUCCCGUGAAAGAGAGCCAGCCAGAGCCGGAAGUGGUUACCAAUGGACAUGGAGCCGGGGAUGGAGAGGCGCUGACCAAUGGAUCAAGCAAUGGACUGGCCGAAUCUCCAGUGGCCGAGACAGCACCGGUAGCUGACAACAUUCCAAGCAACGUUGAUGACGAGCAGCCGCAUCAGAAUGGCACCAAUGGCACUACCACGCCCCCGCCCACUCCCGUGGCCGUCGAGACCGAGAAGGGACAGCAAAUUGAGGCCAGCAUUGAAGCAGUUACCACGACCACUACCACUAGCCAAGCGGAGGAGGAAGUUGUGGCGGCGAUCAUCAAGGCGGUUAGCAGCGAGCUUGAAGCCGAAACGGAGACUGAGACGGAGGCUGAGGGAUUCGUGGUUGUUGCUCCUGUGUCCCCCGUUGAAGUUGAAGUACCCGUUUCCAUUUCCCCUGUUGCAUUCGUGGCAGAAGUUCCCGAAGUUGAAACUGAAUCCGUGGCCGAGGUUGCCAAAGUUGAAACUGAAUCCGUGGCCGAGGUUGCCAAAGUCGAAACUGAAUCCGUGACUGAGGUUCCCAAAGUCGAAACUGAAUCCGUGACUGAGGUUCCCAAAGUGGAAACGGAGGCCGCUGCUGAAGUUCCCGAAGUUGAAUCGCAAUCCUCUAUCGUGGAGACCAGGAGCAGCAGUCCGCCACCUCCGUUGCCCAAAUCCCCGCCUCCAUCCCGAGUCUCUGCCUUUGUCCUUUCCGACGAGGUUAUCGAGGAGCAGGUAACCCCCAACAACACCCCCGAAGUAAACCGUGAUGAGAUCGAGCAGCAGGCCAUGAGCAUUGUGGCUGAGAUCACCGAACAGGCGGCAGUAAUUCUCACUGAAAAGGAGAAACAAGAGGAGGAUGCCGAACUAGAGGAGUCUGUUCCUGUAGCUGUUGAAGAGAUCGCCGCCGUCACCGCCGACGUCGCCGCCGUCACCGCCGACGUCGCCGCCGUCACCGCCGACGUCGCCGCCAUCAGUGUUGAAGUUGAGGAGGAAGUUUCUUCAGUUAAAAACGAGGAAGAAACAGCUCCCUCCCAAACGGCUGAGAUCAUUUCUUCUACGCAACCGGAUGUUGUCGAGGAAACUAAUGUAGAACAACAAACAUCCGAUGAAGAAGAAUCUGUCCCAGUUCCAGCUUUCAUUGAUCCUGCGGAUCUGAAGGAAACGGUUGCUGUCACACAAGAGACCCUUGCUGAUGAAGAGGAGACUGUUGAGGAGGCGGCAAUUAAGGAUCAAGUUGAAACCCACCAAGAAGAAACCUCCGAACAAGAAACAUCAGACCAAGAAGCCAUAUCUGAGGAUGCGCAUAGCGAUAACGAUAACGAUAAGGAGAACGAAAACGGAAACGAAAACGAAAACGACCUGGUCGGAAACAUAAUUAGCGAUCUGGAUGCCCCGAUCACCAAAGCAGUUGGCGAACUCCUCCUGGCAGAAUUGGAUGUGAGACCCACGGAACAGGAGGGCGAGAGCAACAACAAGGUGGAUCUCGCCAAGGAUCUGAAGGAGAAGAAUGCCGCGGCAGACGUUACAACACAGGAACAACUGCCCGUUACAUGCGAAUAAUCCUAUUCAUAAUUAUUAUAUAUAAUAUUACAUAUUAUUAAAAACAAAACAACAAACGAUACAAGCAACAACAAAAGAACGCAACGUAAAACAACAAACAAUUACAAGAUAAACGAGAUAAAAACAAAACAAAACAAAAACAAAAAACAAGUAAAAAUACAUUUUUUAACAUUUACAUAUUUUAAAUAAUUUUUGUACGAACUUCAUAUCCCUAAACCAAGAUAUACGCAAGCAAAAGUCAGAGUUAAACGUGACACCACCAUCAACGCCACGCCACGCCACCACUGUAAACACUGCAACCACUGCAACCACACAACCACCCCACUCAAACACCCACGCGCAGGCAUCAAUAGUUUUGUAUUGGUGCCUCUGAAUUCCAGAUCGGGGGAGUCCCCCUAAACAAACAACACACAACCAUCACCCAUCAAGCACACACAUCCACCACACAUGCGCAUACAUACCAUUCUCAUAUUGAUGAUCUUGAUAGAUAAAAAGAAUCAACAAAUCAUAUACGAUGAUGAAAAGAUGAAAGUGAGGAGAAUUUUUUGAAUAAUUUCUACUAUACAUUUAACUGUAAGUUCGAAGAAAUUUGUAAAGAAUUUUUGGACGAAAUAUUGGAUAAAAUAUAUAUUAUAAAAUAUAAAA